GUAAGCAACAGUUUCAAAACAGAAGCUCCUUAAUAUCUCUGUCAAUUUCAUCCUGUUAAAAGCUUAGAGUGCAGGAGAGAAGGCACGGCAAGCAUUUUUUUGUUUAAUAAAAGUGGGAUAUUUCUGGAGCAGAAAUUAUGAGAACAGAAUGAUCGGUAGGCAGAAAGCUGCAAUGGCAGGAGCUACAGAAUCCAGGGCCAGGACACGUAGGCGUAGAAUAUAUGGGUGCGUUCGUUUUUUCAGAGAAUUGAACGUACUUUGCUAAGUUAUUGCUGCCCAUGGUGUGCAUACUCAUCCCACUCUAGGAUAAAGGAGAUCAAAAAAAUCCCAGAGUAUCUAAUUUUAAUUCCUUUGUUUUGUUUUUGUUGGGCUGGUGUUGGUUAAAUGUUUAGCUGGAGUUGGUGGUUAUUUUAACUUGGGUGUAACUGUAAACUCUUUAUUGUUGUUGUUACUGAUUUCUAUUGAUUUAUUGGUUGGUUUGUUGCUUGUGUAGGAUAUUUUGUUUUUUAAUGUUUAAUGUUUUGUUGCGUUUCUGUAUGUGUUGUAAGCUGCCCAGAGUGGCUGCGGAAACCCGGCCAGAUGGAUGGGAUAUAAUUUUUUAAAAAAUAAAACAUUAUCUCACCUAAGAUCCAAACAUUAAAAUGGUAAUCAGUGAUCCCAUGUGUUCAAUCCACCUUCAGAAGCGAAGGCUAAUCUCUGGAGUGUAGAUGUGUUCUAUGGUUGGGAUAAAAACCAGACUGCCCACAAAUGAGAAGUCACUUUCUCUUUGUUAGCUCCAUCUAAGAGGACACUGUUGUUGCUCGAGGAUCACUGUGGCUAGGCAUGGCUCACAUUUGGCUACUUGCAUCUUGCAUUUUUCUCUGCUUCGUAGCAGGAGGUAAGCCCAACAACUAGUAGUAAUAAUAAUUAGGGGUACGCAUAUCCUGAUGUUGGGAAAGAUGGAGGGCACAAGGAGAAGGGGACGACAGAGGACGAGAUGGUGGGACAGUGUUCUCAGAGCUACAAACAUGAGUCUGACCGAACUGCGGGAGGCAGUGGAAGACAGGAGUGCCUGGCGUGCUCUGGUCCAUGGAGUCACGAAGAGUCAGACACAACUAAACAACUAAACAACAACAACAAAAAUGCCCCAAAACAUUUUGUGAAUAUAAGCUUGGCCUCAUUGAGGGGCAAUAGUUCAAUAUGAGUAGGAAAGUGAGAGUACCCCUAAACAUUUUUUUAGAAAAAAGCACUAAUAUAAUAAUAAUAAUAAUUACAUGGGGUGCCACUGGUCUGGGCAUCAUAUCCCACUACCCUUUCCCCUAUCCGUCACAUACAUUUAAAGUGUAUUUAAAACACAUGGCUUCCCCAAAGGAUUCUUGGGACCUCUAAUUUACCCCUUACAGUUUUUCGAUUCUCCGCACUCUUAACAAACUCCAGUUCCCAGGAGUCAUUGAGGGAAGCUAUGUGUUUCAAAUGUAUGAGCUGCAAGACAAACCCCCAAUUUGCUUCUCCCCCUCAAGGUAAAUUACAAGGUAAUUUAUUGUUUUUAAUUGUAGAAUUAGAUCAGAUAGCUUUGCCACUUGGUCCCAGGUGAUAUUGCAAUAUCUGUGAACAAUACAAACGUACACUUACUCAGAAUCUUCGCCAUCAGCCACCUUUCUGUAAAUCGCCACUUUCAUGCAGCCCAUGAUAUCAUGAGGACAACUACACAUUCAAAAUGCUUUUGAACUUGGGAAAGACAAAUCGCUGUCAGAACUCAGUUUUCUUAAGGCUACCAGUCAUUUCAGUCCGUAUCUCUUUCUUUUUUCUUUUUCUUCUCCUCCUGCGAUGAGGCUACAUUUUAAUAUUUUAAUGUUUCAAUAUUUUAAUGUUGUUUUUUAAUGUUGUUUUUAAGUUGUAAUCAUUCAACUUGUUUUUAUUAUUGCUUGUAAGCUGCUCUGAGCCCAGCCUUGGCUGGGGAGGGCGGGGUAUAAAUAAAAAAUAUUAUUAUUAUUGUUAUUAUUAUUAUUAUCGUAGACAGUUUGUAUGGCACUUUGUAUUUUAUUGUACUGGUAUACAGUGGUACCUCGGGUUACAUGCGCUUCAGGUUACAUACGCUUCAGGUUACACACGCCGCUAACCUAGAAAUAGUGCUUCAGGUUAAGAACUUUGCUUCAGGAUAAGAACAGAAAUCAGGCUCCGGCGGUGCGGCAGCAGCAGGAGGCCCCAUUAGCUAAAGUGGUGCUUCAGGAGGUUAAGAACGGACCUCCGGAACGAAUUAAGUACUUAACCCGAGGUACCACUGUACUGGUAUAAUUGCUGCACAUUGCCUUGGUGAUAUGAAAACGUUUUAGGAAAUAAACAGCAAGUCAUCUGAAAGGUUAACUCUGAAAGGGGGGGGAGGGAGAAUGAGCACUCUAAGAAUAUGCAAUUGCUUGGGCAUAUUGAUUACAUAUUUGUCUGAUAUAUUGUAAUGGUUUGUUUUACGAAGUCCUGAGAAUGUUCUAAUGUCCGUAUACACAAACUGAGUUGCUUUUUGGAUUAUGUUUUAAAAUGCUUUAGCAUUGGAUCGUUAAUGCUAUUUAACACUGUCUUUGGGAGCCGUUGUUACUCAUUCCUGAGGAGCUAAAGCAGUUAUAUAUAUAUAAAGGUAAAGGUAAAGGACCCCUGGAUGGUUAAGUCCAGUCAAAGGCGACUAUGGGGUUGUGGCACUCAUCUCACUUUCAGGCCGAGGGAGCUGGCGUUUGUCCACAGACGGCUUUCCGGGUCAUGCAGCCAGCAUGACUAAACCGCUUCUGGAGCAAUGGGACACCGUGAUGGAAACCAGAGCUCACAGAAACGCUGUUUACCUUCCCACCACAGCAGUACCUAUUUAUCUACUUGCACUGGCGUGCUUUUGAGCUGCUAGGUUGGCAGGAGCUGGGACAGAGCAACGGGAGGUCACCCCGUCGCAGGGAUUCAAACUGCUGACCUUCUGAUCAGCAAGUCCAAGAGGCUCAGUGGUUUAGACCACAGCGCCACCCGCGUCCUCAUUCCAGAGGACCAAAACAGUUAUACUACAGUGCCUGUCACAUCCUUGCACACGGCACUAUGUCAUGACAUAGCAAUGCGAACAGCACCGUGUCAUGAUAUAGCUCCAUUUUCAUGAGCCUUGCUGGGUUAAGGAGAAAAGGAGGAGGAGGAUAAUAUCUCUUUUCACUAUCCAGCAUCUAGAUAAACUUGAUCUGGAGACACUUGCUAAUGUGGAUCCUAGGAGCAACCGCAUUAUUAUUUUUAAUGCUCUUUCUUAACGACAGAUGCUGUUGUCUGCCGACAGUGUGCUACCAUGAGGCCGUGGAUACCAUGCAUGCCGUUAGGGAGAAGAUGCGCUGCCAUAAAGAACAAAAUGACCUGCAUAAUCUUGAAAGUCUACAAAGGUAAGGUGUCUUGUCUUCUUAGCAACCUUGACCUUUUCCUUGCAAGCUAGCACUUAUUUCAAGAGCAUUGCUUUUGGGGAAAGUCAUAUUGUGUUGGCCUGUGGAUUAUAACAACAACAACAAUUUAUAUCCCACCCAUCUGGCUGGGCUUCCCCAGCCACUCUGGGCGGCUUUCAACAAAAUAUUAAAAUACAGUAAUGCAUCAAACAUUAAAAGCUUCCCUAAACAGGGCUGCCUUCAGAUGUCUUCUAAAAGUCUGGUAGUUGUUGUUCUCUUUGACAUCUGGUGGGAGGGCGUUCCACAGGGUGUGUGCCACUACCAAGAAGGCCCUCUGCCGGGUUCCCUGUAACUUGGCUUCUUGCAGUGAGGGAACCUCCAGAAGGCCCUUGGCGCUGGACCUCAGUGUCUAGGUAGAACAAUGGGGGUGGAGAUGCUCCUUCAGAUAUGAAUACAGCUGCCACUGGGGCAUCAAGCCCCUGGGUGGCUUUAGAUAGGUCGGGACUCACAGCUAGGCCUAGUCUACUGACGAACGAAGGUGAGGCACCCACCUUGAAUGGUGGAAGAAGUCCAAGAGGUGGUGCCUGCCUCACCUCCGCCACUCACCCCCCUCCACCGCCAGUGGAGAAGCAGCGGCUAGUGUGUCGUGGGCAGCGGGGCGGGGUGGCGGCACGUUCCUGUUUCACCUCAAGCAGAACAUGAAUAACAACACGAAUCAAAACGCUUUCCUUUCUCCCCGUGCCUCUUCCCACCACUCCAGGUUUCCAGCUGUGGCAGAAGGUCAUGGGCUGCACGAAUGUGGAUGACGACAGGUGUGACCAAUGGAAUUUUGACAAGCGCACUGGCAAACUGUACACAUUCUCCUGUUGCUCCGAUAAAGAUUAUUGCACUCAGCAAUAAUAGAUGGCAGUGUUGC